AUGGCUGGUUCCAUUCAUUUGAAGCUGGCGCUCGUCGCGGCUCUAGCUUCCAAGGCCUUGGCCUCUUGCGCGUAUGGCACCUUGCUGCGCCCAAGAGCAGAGGAGGGCGCAACCGUCGAGAUCAAGGAUUUUGCAUACAUUGGCACAAAGGGACCGACAAACUGGGUCGCCCUGAACGCCGAGGAAAACGCCCUUUGCGCCUCCGGCAAGAACCAAUCUCCCAUCGACAUGGUUGCCGACGCUUUCACCAUCAUUCCCGCUGCAGAGAUCGGCCUUGCGAUCCCCGACAUGGCCGAAGGAACAGAAUUCGAGAACCUGGGAACCACGGUCGAGGUCGUCGCUGGACAAGGCAACAUGACUUUCGGCGGCGUCAGCUAUACUCUUGCUCAGUUCCAUUUCCACUUGCCCAGCGAGCAUCUGGACAACGGCACUAGCAUGGCCAUGGAAAUGCACAUGGUCUGGGAGGGCGCCGCCGGCGAGAUUGCCGUCAUCGGCACCUUCAUUGAUAUCGCCGAUGGUGCUGCUGCGGCUGAAGGUGGUGAGACUGCAACGGCUGCGCCUAAUGCAACGGCUAGGCAACUCCCAGCCAUCGAGGGCAGCUUCUUCCACGUCAACGCGCCGGCAGCCAAGGCCAUGACAGCUUCAACCCUUCUCGAGACUGUCUUCAGCUCCGUUGAAGAGAUUGCAGAGCCAGGAACAGUCACCAAGACGCAGCCCCUCAUCAUGUCCGAGCUGGUCAACGCCCUCGCUGCAGGGUCUUUCCAAACCUACGACGGUUCUUUGACUACUCCUCCCUGCAGCGAGGGUGUCCGAUGGUUGGUCUCUGACCAGAAGCUGUCCAUUCAGACGGCUACGUUUGUAAAGGCUCGAUCUGUGAUAGGAUUCAACUCCAGGUUUCCCCAGGGCACGCUUGGUGAGACCAACGUCCUUGAGUUGUAA